GCUACUAAAAUCUAUAAAUGGAUACACAUCAUUUUGUCGCGUCUGUCGUCGUCUUCUUCCACGUUUUAUGUUCCGAAAUUUGACAACAAAGUGUUAUGAAUUCUCUAUUUCAGGAUUAGAUCUUCUCUUCCAUUUUUCGGAUUCUCUUUUUCGGCAUAUAGUUCUUUAUUGAACGCAUACAGCCAUUAGCACUGUAUUGCUACUAUUUCUUCAUAUUGUCCUGUUGCGGAUAUGAUUUUUUGUCCAUUAACAAAGUUGCUCUCAUUCUCCAUUUGAAAUUUCGCUUGAGAUAUGCUUCAGUAGAUUUUAUAUACUCCUUCCUAGUCGAUUCGAUUUACCAAUUCCGCCGAAAGUGUUGAUAGAUACUGGUGUUCGAUCUAACUUUUUGCUUUUGUUAAAUUUUCACUUUAAUGACCUAUUGGUUUCGUGUUAAUGAAACCGACUUUUUUAAAACAAGAUCAUACAUUUCGCUCUGUUGUGAGCCAAUGUCUAGUUAGAAUUCCGCCAUUGCUCUGUUUCCGCUUAUGUCUUCUUCAGAUCUGUUGUAAACUUGUAAUUCGAACCUUUUGCAGUUCAAAGAUUUACACUCUUUCAAAUCUAUAGAUUUGAACAAAGAUAAGUUUGCGUCUGUUCGUUGUUGAUCUUCACUUCCUCAGCACCAACAACCAAGGGUUAUAAAAGUUGAAUAAAGAACAUACCAAGUAUGAAGCAGACAGACAAAAAAUCAACAACAAAUUUUCAACCAAAACGUUCUGUAAGAUCACAAAUCAGAGAGAAUAAGUCAAACCAACCACCAAGAACAAAGAACACAGAUGCCAAACCUUUGCCUGUAAAACAACCAGACACAAACAUGGAGUCUGAAGAAGCAUCUCAAAAUCCCAAACAAAACAUCAUAAACUUAGAGAAAGAACGAGAUGAAUCAGACUCUGAAACAGUGACUGAUUCUGUAUCCACCACAAGUGGAGAUGAAAAACUAGAAACCAUUCCAGUAGUCUCACAAAAGCCUCCUGAAAACAAAAUAAUAUCAUCAUCAACUAAAAGAGCACCUUCUUCAAAUGGCAUAAAAGAUACAAAAGGGGGUGUGAAAGUUCAUCCAAAGCUAUCAUCUGCACCUUCAUCAGUGUCAUCCGAAGGAAUUGAUGAUCAAACUUGCGAAGAGCCAAAGGAAGUGAAUGAAACGAAAGAGAAUUUGGAUGAAAAGAUUGAAGAAAUGGAAAUGAGAAUUGAGAAACUUGAAGAGGAGUUGAGAGAAGUUGCUGCUCUUGAAAUUUCUUUAUAUUCUGUAGUACCAGAGCAUGGUAGCUCAGCCCAUAAAGUCCACACACCUGCACGACGACUUUCCAGGCUUUAUAUUCAUGCAGCCAAACACUACUCUCAAGGAAAACGCUCCACCAUUGCUAAGAACACUGCUUCUGGGCUUGUUUUGAUAGCAAAAUCUUGUGGCAAUGAUGUUCCAAGGUUGACUUUCUGGUGGUCAAACGCUGUUGUGUUGAGGGAAAUAAUAACACAAGCUUUUGGCAGUUCAUGUCAAUCAAGUUAUAAAAAGGAAGGUUCUAGUUCUACCCCUUCCCCACUAGCAUGGAAGGCUAAUUCUGGAAGUAAAGAAAUUAAUAAACCUGAUUUUAUGGAUUUCAUUGAUGAUUGGGAAGAAACAAGAAGUUUCACAUCUGCACUUGAGAAAGUUGAGUCAUGGAUCUUUUCAAGAAUUGUUGAGUCUAUUUGGUGGCAGACAUUGACUCCUAAUAUGCAAUCUCUAGCAGCUGAUACAAAUAGGAAUAAAUGUAAUGGGAAUUUGGGAAACCAACAACAGGGAAACUUUUCCAUUAAUUUAUGGAGGAUUGCUUUCCAUGAUGCUUUCAAGAGACUUUGUCCUGUUCGUGCAGGUGGCCAUGAAUGCGGUUGUCUGCCUGUUUUGGCAAGAAUGGUAAUGGAACAAUGUGUUGCUAGACUUGAUGUAGCCAUGUUUAAUGCUAUUCUUCGUGAAUCAAUCCAUGAAAUCCCAACUGAUCCUGUGUCAGAUCCUAUUGUUGAACCAAGGGUUUUGCCUAUUCCAGCUGGGGAUUUGAAUUUUGGUUCUGGGGCACAACUCAAGAAUGCCGUUGGAAAUUGGUCUAGAUGGCUUUCUGAUUGGUUUGGGAUGGACACCGAGGAUGAGCAUGGUGAAGAUGAUGGUGAACUCAAAUGUUUUCAUCUGUUGAAUGCAUUAAGUGAUCUUUUAAUGCUACCUAAAGACAUGCUUAUGGACAGAUCAGUUAGAACCGAGGUAUGCCCAUCAAUUAGUCUUCCAUUGCUUAAACGGAUUCUCUGCAACUUCACUCCAGACGAAUUCUGUCCAGAUUCAGUUCCUGGUGCUGUUUUGGAAGCAGUAAAUGCUGAGUCCAUUAUAGAGCGUAGAUUAUCAGGAGACGAUUCAAGCAGCUUCCCAUACGCAGCGGCUCCGGUCAAAUACAAACCGCCUUCCACCACCGCUAUCUCUCAGAAAGUGUCAGAAGCCGGUGGAAAAUCUCAACUGAGUAGAAACGCAUCCGUUGUUCAAAGAAAAGGUUAUACAAGUGAUGAGGAACUACAAGAACUCGAUUCACCACUCAGUUCAAUUAUCGAUAAACUACCUUCAUCACAAACUAAUGGAAACGGUCAACAUACAAACCAAACAUCUUGUGUUGCAGUCAACUCACGUUAUGAACUUCUUCGGGAAGUCUGGUUAUCAUAACCACUUCCAAAAAAUGAGAGCCAUUUUAAUCUUUUCUUUUGUAUCUUGAUCAUAUAAUAUAAUGUAUACCAUAUAAUAAAUAACGUUUUUCCACUCAA